AUGUCGGACAGCAAAUCUUCCAAGCUCGGUCAUGGCCUGGCCAAAGUCUUGGGAAUCGAUCCGAACAGCAACAAAAGCCCCAGCACCAGCCAUGAUUCCAUAGAAGGUGUUCAUUCUCUCACUUAUGUCGAGCCAGAACCGACUGCAGGUGACUGGAUUCGGGAGCACGCCCCUACGGCCCGUGACGCCAUUCAAUAUGUCUACAAUUUGUUCCCAUUCCUACAUUGGAUUCUGAGUUACAACCUACAAUGGUUCAUUGGGGACUUGGUUGCCGGUAGGCUCCCUGCUCUUAUUCUACAUGCAGUACGAAACUGA